UCCCUGCUGCAGAAGCUGCACAUCUCCUUCCAGGGCUCCUGGCUCAAGGAGUUCCCGUGGCUCUACUACUGCCAGGAGACCGGCCUUAUGUCCUGCGCCUGGUGCACCGCGGCCGCCGCCGCUGCUGCGCCCCCCGAGCUGAUCAUGUCCGGCGCGCCCCUGCCCGGGGGGCACGAUGAGCUCUGCAAGGGCACCCGCAACUACAAGCGCACCCUGCUCCUGCGGCACCACCUCUCCGCCGAGCAUCGCCUCAACGAGCCCGGCAGCGCCGAGCAGGAGGCAGAGUUACCAUCAGAACUGAAUAAUGAAGGAUACUGUGAUUUUAACAGCAGGCCAAAUGAGAACUCUUACUGCUAUCAGCUCCUGCAAGAGCUCAACGAGCAGAGGAAGAAAGGCAUUCUUUGUGAUGUUAAUAUUGUGGUGAGUGGGAGGGUCUUCAGAGCUCACAAGAACAUCCUGGUUGCAGGCAGCCGCUUCUUUAAGACUCUGUAUUGCUUUACAAACAAAGAAAGCCGUAACCAAACCACUGUUACCUAUUUAGACGUUGUUGCUGUUCAAGGUUUUUCUGUCAUCUUGGACUUCUUAUAUUCUGGUAACCUCGUGCUUACGAGCCAAAACGCCAUUGAAGUGAUGUCGGUGGCCAGCUACCUUCAGAUGACGGAGGUUGUCCAGUCCUGCCGCAACUUCAUUAAAGAUGCCUUAAACAUAAGUAUAAAAUCGGAAGCUCCAGAGACUGUUGUAGUGGAUUACAACAGAAGAUCUGUUAGCAGGGAUGGUUUAUCUCCAAGGGAUCAAAAAGUUGCCAGCUUCUGGGCAACACGAAACCUUACCAAUUUGGCAAGUAGCAUAAAAACUGAGAAUGAUCCCUACCCUAUUGAUGAGGGCCAAAUGGAAAGCUACCAAAUGAAUGACUGCAGUUGGGUCCAGGACAGCUCACCUGAAAUGGCUGAAAAUGAAUCUCAAGGUGAGGGGAAAGUUUUCGUGUGGAACGACAUGGGUGCACAGGGACAAUCCGUUCAAGAACCUGGAAAAGCAAGAAGGAAAAACCAAACUGCAAAGAGAUUUAUUUAUAAUAUACCACCCAAUACUGAAGAGAACUCUGAAGAUUGCUCAGUGUUGCAACCGUCAGUCCCAUAUCCAGAAGAAGAUUUGUCAUUUAUUAAAGAAGAAGCAGCUACUUCAAGUGACUUCAAGUAUGGACUGUUGCCGGGUACUUCAAAUGACUUCAAGUAUGGAUUGCUACCGGGUACUUCAAGUGACUUCAAGUAUGGGCUGCUACCGGGUACUUCAAGUGAUUUCAAGUAUGGAUUGCUGCCAGAAUCUUGGCCAAAAGAAGCUUGGGAAAAUGGUGAUUCCUCUGCUUUAAUCAUGAACAAGUUGAAGUGUCCACACUGUAAUUAUGUAGCCAAAUACAGAAGAACACUAAAGAGACACUUGCUCAUUCACACAGGCGUGAGAUCUUUCAGUUGUGACAUCUGUGGGAAGCUGUUUACACGAAGAGAACACGUAAAGAGACAUUCCUUGGUGCAUAAAAAGGAUAAAAAGUAUAAGUGUAUGGUGUGUAAGAAGAUUUUCAUGCUAGCAGCCAGCGUUGGAAUAAGACACGGAUCACGACGUUACGGAGUUUGCGUAGACUGUGCAGAUAAAUCUCAGCCUGGAGGGCAAGAGGGAGCAGACCAGGUGCAGGACACAGAUUUCCCUAGGGAUGAAGAAUACGAAGAAAAUGAAGUGGGAGAAGGCGAUGAGGAGCUUGGUGAUGAUGUAGAAGAACAGAAUGACCAGUCUCGAUGGGAUGAAGGCGGGGAAGUUUGUAUGCCUUUAGAUGACUGACAGAGCAUAUGACUUCAGGGUGCUGCAAAUGGACACUUGCGGAUUGACUGUUUGAAUUUCUGGACUGAAGGCUUGCGAAUAAUGGUACAGGCUGGAUGGUAGUUAUGUUGCUGUGAAAAUGUAGGGUCAAAGCCUUAUAGCAAAAAAGGAUUAUUAAUUUUUUUAUGAUAUUUGCACAGGACUGUACAGCAUACAACCGUUUGGUUGAAUUAUACAGAGUCCUCACAUCUACAGUCAGUUAUCAAAAGAAAAAUGUAUUUUUUAUUAUUUAUAGGCUAUAGCUACUUGGGUCCUAUUCAGACAUAGUAGUAACUGUAAUUAUGUUACACAUUCAUGUAUCUGUUAACAUGAAUGAAGAAAAUUGCAACUCAGUAUGAAAUACCAAGACAGCUUUCCCAAAUCCACUCGUACUUUUGUCAGUGAGUCAGUGAAGCUAAUUUGAGCUAGUGGCUCAUUUUCCACAAGCAUGUCUUUGCCAUACAAACCUUACCUCUCCUGUAAUCUGAUAGGUGAAAGCCAAUCAUUUAAAUAUGCGUCAUGGAUAUUGCCAACACCGUAUUGAAAUUUGGGUUGAAAACUUUUGGCUCUGUGCUGGCAGGUGCUAUGGGUGAUAAGCACUGGAGAAGUUGAUAAUGGCAUUAAUUUAGUGUCUGUUUUUAAAGAAGGUUGUUGUUGAUUCAUCAGUUUCAAAACGAUAAUGCAGAAGAAAUGACCAGUAAUGAAAAUAAUAGACUGAUCAAAGCAUGGUUAGCUCUUGUGCCACUUAGUCAAAAGAGACAGUCAUGCUAAAAAAUAUCUGAUGUAAUAAUGUUUCUUCCCUCUUCUAAGGCUCCCCUUCUCUCAAAUUUUUUUGGUUUCCCUGGUGUAUACCUCAGUCCCACAGAAUAAAAAUAAAAGGAAUGGAGAAAGUGUCAUAUUAAAACAACUUUUUGGUCAAUAAUUUCUUACUUGUCCGUUUUUUGGCUAGUUUAUGUGAUGUGAAUUGGACACUAGGCUGUUGUGCCCAUUGUUCAUCAUUGAACACAAACUAUUUUUUAUUCUUUUGUACUUCAUGGGUUGUUGUUAGUAUUUAAUGUAAACAAACUACAUUUAACUUGCUCAUUUGCUGGAAUUUUUUUUUUUUAAGAAAAACAAAAAGUCCAAAGUAAACUAAUGCUCUUUGAGCUGUCUACUUUUCAGGAAGAUAUGCUCCCUGUGCUCUUUGUUUCAGAUUUUCUAGGAGGCAUUGAAACUUGAAUUUUUGUAGCCAUGUAGUUCUCUCUUUUUUUUUUUUUUUUUUUUUUUUUUUUUUUUUUUUUUUUUUCCUAAAUUUGUAAUAUUGUACCAAUGAUUUCAGGCCCCUUUCAUAGGGAGGGGAGGGCAUUACACCUUCACCUUAAACUCCUCUGUGUUGUCUAGCCUAAGGCAAGUGAAUUCAGGCAAUCAUUGGAACAAUAAGUCUGAUGUACUAUUAUGUCACAGUGAGUAAAUAUGCAGAGCAUUUGUCAUGACACAUAGCUAGGCCAGUGUGACAGUACUGUAUAAAAAACAAUUGAGGGUCACCAUAUUUUUCAACUUUGUUUAUUUUUAAAAUGAGUAUAUUUUUUCCUAUUUUAUGUCAGGUAACUAAAUUAUGGUAGUUGUGUGGAUAAUGAAUUAUGCUUUGAUGGACAAAAUCUUACUGGUGCUCCAUCUGAUCAAAGUUGGUAUGUAUUUAAAGAGACAAGCUUUACUGUUGUCCAUAGAACAGUAGCAUAAUGUUAAGACAUUGUUUUUGCUGAUUGAAACUGAGAUGAUGAGUUUGAACUACGGUUAUAUGGGAAUUAAAAUGCUUUUUUUUAAUCAUCCACUUGUUUCAUUGGUAGUUUCCACAUCAUUGUAAACCUGACAUGAAUAGUUUUUUUGGGGAGGGUUGGGAGGGUGGGGUACCUUUUUUUACACUGAAGAUUACAUUUUAUUCUCAUUGUUCUAGACUGAAAUGAGUAAUGUGUAAUUCUGGUGGGGUCCAAAGUAGAAAUUAGUUGGGCAAAGAUGAUAUGAAUGAAAAGUAUUUUAAACGUUAAAGUAAUGUUCUGCUUUGUGAAUAUGUAAGUAUAGCAUAAAGAUUUUUCCAUCCCAUUUAUCCCUUUUAAGACCAUAGUUUACAAUUGGUAGAUCUGUCUAUAUAUAUAAAUAUAUAUAUAUAUCUGAAAUUCACCUAAAUCUGCUUUAUUAGAAUACUGCUCACUUAAUGCUUAGAAACUGGACCUGGCUCUACAUUCUUAAUGUAUUUUCCUUUUUUUUUUUUUUUUUUUUUUUUUUUUCUCUUGUUUUGUUGGGAUUUUUUUCUUCAAGGUAUGAACUUAUUCUCUUGGAACUGAAUCUUCUUUUACUACUUAAAUCAUUUAUGUAUAUCUGGUAAAUUAUGACCAAAUUUGUUGUUAGACUGCAUUACAGUAAAUCGAAAUAUACACUUGGUACACUACAGAAUUGUUGUGCUUUUGUUCUGGUUCUAUUUGGAAAAGCAGGCUUGAGUAGACAUUUGUUAUUUAUAACUCUUCAGUUAUUAUUCACUGGCCUUAAUAUUCUGUUGCAUUGUGACAAUCAUUAUUUCCUUGGUAGAGCUUAGUAGCUUGCUUUUAGAAAUUGUAUGUAAUUGCCCAUGGUAGGUUGGAGAGAGAGGGAUGACUGUCCGUAGCAAAUGGUGUGAAAUACUUCAGUGAAGGUCCACUGUUCUUGUCUUGGAGAACCGUAAGAAUUUGGAUGCUGUCUCCAGGCUGGCUUUUCUGAGUUGUUUUAUUUAGACAUUAUUUUAAAUAUGCUAGCUUGAUUGGUAGUUCUAAAUUAAUAAAAUAAAAUUUCUGAAGAACUAAUUCUUGAGGGACAGCUCAAGUUUCUUCACUAUUUUAAGAAUUAGGAAGGCAUUUCUCUUUGUGCAAGAAAUUCUUUUCCCCAAGAAAUGCUGAAGUUGCUCUAGUAACACGGCAGUGGAUUUUAUCUGUUUUGAGAUUUUUUUUCCAUUUUGAAAGAAAGCUGAUGCCCUUAAAAUGUCAUAUUUAUCAAAUUAAAAGACACUCAGUCUUUCAUUUUGUCCUCUGAUAAAAUAAUUCUCAAUCAUGUCUGUUAGAAAACUAAGUUUGUCUGAUGUUGGGAUUUCCCCUUUCUCAGUGGGUUUUUGUUUGCUUUCUGGUCUCUUCAAGCAGUGGUGGGUAUCUUUUAGAGAUAAUCAUGCAGAGCGUUUUUUGGCAGGGCACUGUGAUGCAGGACAUAAUUUAAAUUAGGAAGUAAAUUCACUUUAGAUUCAUAAUUAGAAGUUCUGGUCAAAAUAGGUCAAAUGAUGUAACGAAGACACGACAUAAAAUGUGUUUGUCUUACGUCAGUGUUACUAUAGUGCGUUAGAAAGCAUUUUUCAAUUGUAGUGACAGAUGCAUCUUGCAGGGAAAAUUACAUUUUCCAAUUACCUAGACAAAUUUUGUCAUUCAGCUUGCAAACAAUCCUCUAGUAAAAUAAUUUUUGCUGUGAAACCAGUUUUGAAAACCAGAAGUUGUAUUUAGUUGUCAGUAUGCAUCCUAAGAAGUAUGAGUUGUAAUUGCUGGUUCCCACAGUGUACAUCUGGUUUUUGGGGUGUGUAGCCUUCUGCAAAUGCAGUUUUCAGGUAUCACUACAUGUCACUUACUCUUUCUUCUGACAAGAAUAAGCAUUAUCAAGUGAAGAAAAGUUGGGGACCAGGACACUGGCAUGAGCUAUGCUCCCAGUUGUGGGUCAUGGCAGUAAUGCUGUUAGCAGAAGAUGCUUUCCUUGCCUAGGUUUAAGUUGGUAAGGCUGUUAAUAGGAUUUGCUUUAAUGAGGCCAAUCUUGGUUGUUAGCUUGCUUUGAAGUUUUGUUUCACUUGAUUUUUCUUGUUCUUGCCAUCCAGUAACACAAGUCUCCCACUUGUUCCAAAAUACUUUUGUAGUCUGCUGAUUCCACAUAGAUGCAAAAUUCACUUUUGGAAGUACUGUACCUUGUUUGCUGUUCCUUUUCUACUUUGUUGUAAUUAAAUGUCUUUAGAAACUGAAAUGAAAGCAAGACAAUUGACACCACCAGCAGCCUAAAAACUUGUGCCAAAAGAGAGUUAAAAAGGGGCAAAACAUGGAGUGCAAUGUGAUAAGAAAAAGGCUGUUGAAUUUGCAUUGUAACAAUUCCUCUGGUUUGUUACUUGAAUGUUUUGGACAAUUCACUGUACUUUUCUCUAGCACUACUUGGUGACAACCUGAUGAAGAAGCUAUGCAAGAAGCCCAGCUUUGAGUUUAUUCAGUGUCUUCAGAAUGUGGUUCAGGCUCUGCAGAGGUCGUAGCACUGAGUAGCUUUCUGUAGAUAAUUUACUGUAGAACCUUCUGUUAGCAUCCCUCUUCACUGUGUGAUCUGUUACCCAUUUUUUAUUUGAUAAAUGUUUGCUCCUUUGCCUUUUAUACGUUUUAAUAGCACAUUACUGUGCAUCACUGAACAGUAUGGUAAAGGUUAAAUGUUGACACAAUGCAUAAAGAGAAGUUGGUUUUCAUUUAGUGUCUUUUAACAAACCUGUAACAAAAUAAUUCAUUUGUAAUAAAGAAAAUACAGGUUUGAAAUCCAGGGGAAGGGGUGUUGCAGAGCAGAACCCUUUAUUAUUGAAGAUUCCAUGUAUAAUUCACCAUGGGUUUUAAAAAUAAUUUUAUGUGGGAAAAAAACAUAAAAUGACACUAGAAAGAUCUUAUGACUUGAAAAUAAAAUUGGCUUAUCAAGUACUUUGUAUCUGACAUUAUUGCAAUUUGAAGUGAAUGUUUUAAAUAAGCUAUACAUAAUGUUUCUUACCUGAAUCAAUUUGGAUUAGCCACUUCAGGAUACAGAUAUAACUAAUUUCUCACUAACGUUUUGGUGUGUAAACAUAAUUUCAAGACUUCUAAUACUCUGUGCACCAGUCUUUAAGUUACCAUGCUGCAAAUAAAUUGAAGAAAUAACCA